AUGUUUACUGAGAUGGAUUUUGCAAGUUUUGCUGCAGCUGCUUUACGCAGUUCAACAGUUCUGCCAUCCGAAUCGUUCGAUAGCUAUUGGAUAACUAACGCUCCUGUUCAAUUCGGGUUGAAGGGUGUAAAAUGUACGUUCCGUUUCGAAACAUCAUUUGCAGAUGCUGAAGAUGAAGCUGGUAUAUUGGUAAAUGGUGAUAAUCGUCACACAGUAUAUAUUCUUUGGAUUUCGUCAUGUGAAGAUCCUUCAUUGUUGUACUCUUGUCGAAUGGAUUCAAAAAUCGAUAAAGUUGCACUUCGUUAUGGACAACGUACACCGUCGAUCCUGAAAAGUAUGAUUGAGGGGGCAAAUAUGCCAUCGGAUGAUCCAAGAUUCACAAUGAUUAAUUUGAUUGGUGAGCAAGAAAUGGGUCUAUUCAUCCGACUUUGUGUUGCUCCUGGUGAUGGUCCAUCAGCAUUACGGCUCGCCUUACGCACUCCAUCUGCAGCGGAAUGGAAAAGUCACUUGUUAAUGUUCAUUCAAAAUUUACAGCUUUUUGAAAAGCUUAAAAGUGAUGAUUAUCACCACACUUAUUCCAUCAGCUUUAUUUCUAGUCCACAACAAAAUGAUUUAUGGAAAGAACGGUGGCAGCGUGAAUUAUUGGAAAAGGAUGCGUUGAGUAUGAAAACUCAAAUAGCACAAAUGGAAAGGAAACGUGGUUGGCUUGAAAAAGAGUUAGAAAUGCUGUAUGCAGUGAUGCAGCAGCAAAAUCCCAUUCAACCGCUGAAAAUUACAAAUGAGGCUGAGAGUCCCGUAUCCAAAAGAGAGGAACCGUUACUUCAACCAGUGCCAACUGCUUCAACAGUACAAAUUAUUGAUGCACAGGAAUCACCCAAGUUUAAUAUCAAUGAUGUGCCAUCAAAACGAAGUCCUCUGUCCUCUUCACUAACCUCUUCUAUGCCCCUUAAAUCUAAUCCCAAUUUCAAAAAAAAGCGAACAAUUCGGAACAAAGAUGCAUUAGCCAAUGAUGACUUGUUGAUGGGUGUUGCUUCACUUCUCUCGUGUGCAGUAUGUCCGGAUGAAGUAACACUACAAGAUCAGGAUGGAAUAAAGGAACAUUUCAUAAAUCAACACCUAGACGGUGAGCAUGGUCGUUGUCGAGCUUGUACAGAAGAGGUCAAAAGUAGUGAUAUGCUGAGUCAUAUGAAAGCGCAUCUGGUUAAAAAGUAUGCUUGUGAAUUUUGUGGCAAGAAAGGAAGGAAGCAUUAUUUGAAGGCACAUAUUCGUGUUCAUACUGGAGAAAGACCGUAUAAAUGCGACAAAUGUCCACGUCGUUUUGCGGACUCAUCCACAUUUCGCCGACACCAAUUGAUUCAUACAGGUGAAAAACGAUAUUCAUGUCCGGUAUGUGGACGAUGUAUAGCUCGAAAAGAUAAUGUCAAGACACACUUAAGGAGUCAUGUAAAGACCAUUUCGAACAGUGAAAGUGAAGCAGCCGCUUGGAUGGAAACCCUCCUAAAUUCGUUGUCCACUAAAAUGGAAAGGAAUACAGUAACUGUACCACCGCUAGAUUCGCCAACUUCUGUGGAAAAUAAUGAAGAUCAAAAUUUAUUAGGUGACUUCAAUUUGUUGGAAUCUCUAAAAGAGGAUGAGGAAAUGAGUGACAAGUGCUAA